GUCCACCUAACUAUAUAAUGUGAUUUUUUCAUACUCCAUCCAAGAACAAAAAUUCCCAACUUUUUUAACAUCUUUUUUUCUACAAGUGGCCAUUUGUGAUGUCCUGAAGCCUAACUCAAAGAGCCACCCUCCCUCUCACUUCACAAGAACCACACAAAGUUCAUCCAAACACAAUCCUCCCACCUCCACCUCACGUUCCCCUGGCCGCCACCACUACAACUUCUCUCUACUCUCCUGAAAUCAAAUUCCCAUUAUGCAACACCAUUUUCAUCAUCUUCAUCAACAACAUCGCCAUCAUCUUCUUCUUCUUCUUCUUCAUCAUCCAUACCCCAUAUCCCAAUCUUUCUAGAUUCUCAUUUCCUCCUCUUGAUUCCCACACAUCUAAUCUCCCUCCUCUUCCCUAGGCAUGACUCUUCCUCAUGGUCUCUCUUCCGUUAGGAACCACUCUCUUCUACUCAAGACUUCUCACCUCUGCGUGCCUAGAUCAGCUAUAGGUUGCUUCUCUCCCAAGGAAUCUCCUUUCUUCAAGAAGAACAGUGCCCCAUUAUUCCUUUCUCCCAAGAAACACACUUCAUUCCCUCUGAAACUUCUCUACCCUUUAGCUAGCUUCUCCUCUUAUGCUGAAGGAGAUGGCGAUCAUCAACACGAAUCAGAUGGAAAAGUUAAUGCAGAAGAAGCUGUUGGAGACUUCUCUGGAAUGGCUCAAGCCUUUCACAUUUCGUCCAGAACGGCUAGGGCAAUCACCGUAGUCAUCGCCUUCUCUGCUCUCUCCUUGCCACUCCUCAUGAAAUCCCUGGGACAAGGACUCGCGCUCAAGACUAAGCUCCUCUCUUACGGGACGCUCCUCUUCGGUUUCUACAUGGCUUGGAACAUCGGAGCUAACGAUGUGGCCAAUGCCAUGGGGACUUCCGUUGGAUCCGGAGCCCUGACCAUCAGGCAAGCUGUGAUUACUGCUGCGGUUCUCGAGUUCGGUGCCCUUUUGAUGGGAACUCACGUGACUAGCACGAUGCAGAAAGGGAUCCUCAUGGCUAAUGUGUUCCAAGGCAAAGAUAUGUUGCUCUUUGCUGGUCUCCUCUCUUCCUUGGCUGCAGCUGGAACUUGGUUACAGGUGGCUUCUUACUACGGAUGGCCAGUAUCGACAACGCACUGUAUAGUGGGAUCAAUGGUUGGGUUUGGACUAGUCUACGGUGGAGCUGGGGCUGUUUUCUGGAGCUCUUUAGCUAAAGUGGCUUCAUCUUGGGUCAUCUCUCCUCUAAUGGGAGCUCUUGUCUCCUUUCUUGUCUACAAAUGCAUCAGAAGAUUUGUUUACAGUGCACCAAACCCGGGACAAGCAGCGGCAACAGCAGCUCCCGUCGCGGUGUUCAUAGGCGUGGCCAGCAUUUCUUUCGCCGCGUUUCCUCUGAGCAAGAUCUUCCCCAUAGCUCUGUCACAAGCCCUAGCCUGCGGAGCAGCAGGAGCCAUAAUCUUCGACAGAAUCAUCCGAGACAAGCUCGGCCACCUCCUCGCCAAAACCAAACCGGUAGACGCACCGCAGCAGAACCAGCCAAAAAGCAUCGGCUUCCUCUCCGAGAUAGCUGGCCCCACGGACACUCAGCUCGAGAUAGUCUACGGAGUCUUCGGCUACAUGCAAGUCCUCUCCGCCUGCUUCAUGUCCUUCGCACACGGAGGCAGCGACGUCUCCAACGCGAUAGGACCUUUGGCCGCGGCCUUGAGCAUCCUCCAGAGAGGAGCUACGGGAGUAGGAGGAGGAGAUAUCGUGAUCCCCAUGGACGUUCUCGCGUGGGGAGGGUUCGGUAUCGUCGCUGGUCUCACCAUGUGGGGGUACAGAGUGAUCGCGACGAUAGGGAAGAAGAUCACCGAGCUUACUCCGACGAGAGGGUUCGCGGCGGAGUUCGCGGCGGCGUCGGUGGUUUUGUUUGCUUCCAAGUUAGGGCUUCCGAUAUCGGCGACGCAUACGCUAGUUGGAGCUGUGAUGGGAGUUGGGUUCGCGAGGGGGCUUAAUAGCGUGAGGUCGGAGACGGUGAAAGAGAUCGUUGCUUCGUGGCUAGUUACGAUUCCUGUCGGAGGGACACUCGCUGUGAUCUACACUUGGGUUUUCACCAAGCUCUUGUCUUUUGUCUUGUGAGUUUCUUCUGUUGUCUUUUUUUUUUUUUUUUUUUUUUUUUUGGUUGGUUGUCUGAUUUUGAAGAACAUGAAUCGGUGCAUCUUCUUCUCUUGUUUACUUAUCGGUACGCGAUUUUAAAAAAAACCCUGAAAUUAUUUGUGGAGACUCUACUACCUCGCUGUUGUGUGAUAGUUAAAAGUAGACUUGCAGUUUCGAUUCAAUCAGUUUGGUUUGGUUU